AUGGCAGUGUCCAACGGUGAGGGUGGCCACGACUGGUUCGACGUGAUCGUGGUGGGCGUGGGCAUCAUGGGCAACUGCGCGGCGUACGCGGCGUCCUCCCGCGGUGCGCACGUGCUAUUCCUAGAGUGGUUCGACCUGCUCCACCAUCGGGGCUCCUCGCACGGCGAGUCCCGCACCAUCUACGCCACCUACCCGCAGGCGCACUACCCACCCAUGCCGGUGCACACGCUCAUCUGCUACUGGAAGGUGAAGCCCGGGCACGAGGAGGAGCUGACCCCGGAGACCGGCUUCCCGACGUUCGCUAGCUACGGCGACCCCUACAUCUACGGCACCCCGUCGAUGGAGUUUCCGGGGCUGAUCAAGAUCGCCAUGCACGGCGGGCCGCCCUGCGACCCGGACGGCAGGGACUGGUCCACGGGCGCGGCCGGCGCCGGCGGGCUGGUGGAACCCGUGGUGCGGUGGAUCGACGCCGUCAUGCCGGGCCACGUCGACACCGCCGGCGGGCCGGUCAUCCGGCAGUGCUGCAUGUACUCCGUCACCCCCGACGACGACUACGUGGUCGACUUCCUCGGCGGGGAGUUCGGCAAGGACGUCGUCGUCGGCGCCGGGUUCUCUGGCCAUGGCUUCAAGAUGGGCCCGGCCGUCUGGAGGAUCCUGACCGAGAUGGCCAUGGACGGGGAGGCCAGGACGGCGGCCGAGGCCGGAGUAGAUCUCCGCCCCUUAAGGAUCGGCCGGUUUGCGGAAAAUCCCAAGGGAAACCUGUAG